GGGAAAACAGUUCAAGUCAAUAAAAUAUAUGAUUCUUGUUGGUUCUCUAGACCAUAUUUACUUUGAUUUCAUUAUAUUUUUCUUAGUGCCAUCAAAGCCUCUUGAAAUGCUGUGUGGCAACGAAAACCAAAAACAAAAAAAAUGUCCUGUCGUAAAAGAUGAAACAGAACGAAAUAUUACCUUAUUUUGGAAGGUAAUUAAGAUUUAAUCUUUUUGAGGCAGUUCAUUACACAAAACAUUAUUAUAAAAUAUGUCAACUAGCAAGUUGGACAGUCCCACAUUUAUUUGUCAGAUAGUUCCCAACUACACCUUGACAUUUUAGAUAUUUUUAUUUUUUUAUAGUCUACAUUCUGAGUAAUUCUCUUUCCCACAGCUGCCAGAAAAAAGCUCCUGGAAUGGCCUAGCAACAAUAAUCAAGAUUAAGAUACGAUUUGAAGGCAAGGAUGAAAAUUACACUUAUUACAGGAAUACCAGUGCAACCAACAUAAACUACACACUGACAGGGUUGAAACUAGAUGGACGUUAUAAGAUUCAACUGAUAUUUUGUUCCAAUGGCGGGGACGGGCCAAGUACCACACCAAUAGAGUUGUUUAAAAUAAAAGGUUAGUACUGUAAUUACUAUGUUACGCCAAUCUGCUAUACCAAACCAUACCAUACCAAACCAUACCAUACUGUACCAUACCAUACCAUACUGUACCAUACCAUUCCAUACCAUACUGUACCAUACCAUACCAUACUGUAACAUACCAUUCCAUACCAUACUGUACCAUACCAUACUGUACCAUACCAUACUGUACCAUACCAUACCAUACCAUACUGUACCAUACCAUACCAUACUGUACCAUACCAUACCAUACUAUGUACCAUACCAUACUGUACCAUACCAUACCGUACCAUACCAAACCAUACCAUACUGUACCAUACCAUACUGUACCAUACCAUACCAUACCAUACCAUACUGUACCAUACCAUACUGUACCAUACCAUACCAUACUGUACCAUACCAUACCAUACCAUACUGUACCAUACCAUACCAUACCAUACCAUACCAUACUGUACCAUACCAAACCAUAUCAAACUCCAUAUGUCAUGCAGACCUAGGGUUACCAAUAUACUCAAUACAGUAUACCCAUAUACCUACUAUUCCAGGCGACGUUUGUCUGCUUGUGUAUUAAUCUUGCGUAGAUAUAGGAUACUACCCAGCAGUUAAACACUGUAUUGCAAAUAGGAAUAUGGUCUAAAUACCAAUAUACCUGAAAGCCCUGAUCAGGCCUACCCAUGUCAUACCACAUAAUUGCACCAUACCACAUUACUGUACCAUGUCAUACCACAUCAUUACACCAUGUCAUACCACAUAAUUGCAUCAUGUUAGACCACACAUUGCACCAUACCACAUUACUGUACCAUCUCAUUCUGUUGACCAUCGUCUGUCACGUGCUAAACUUGUCUUUUCAAAGUUACACGCGUAAAAUCCUGGAACAAGCUGACAAUAACUUGUAUUACAACCUUGUUGACACUAUCAGACUUGUUGCAAUUGCAAGGUCAUUCUAACAAGUCCGAUACAAUAACGAUUGUAUAAGUCAUAUAACAAUAUUGUUACAACCUUAUGUCGUCAACCUUGUAACAUUUUUGUUAUAUCGUGACAGUGACAGACUUGGUAGAACAACCUUGUAAUGCCAUCAAGCUUGUUACAAGUUGUCAACAGCCUGUUCCAAACUUGUUCCAACAACUGGGAACAAGCAGUGCGAACACAACUUGUUGAUAGCUUAUGAACAGAUUUGUAGCAACUUGUUUGCAGACCUGUAACAACUUGUGCGUUUUUACGUUUGUAUUUCGCUCUAUUUAGUUCCACGACCAGUGCCUGUAGGUGGUGAAAAGGAUGAUCCAACAGUAUUGAUCAUAAUUGUCGUGGCUGCCGUGGUUUUAAUCGUUGUUGUGGUUGUUUUUAUAUAUCUACUUCUCAGACCAAAAAGGUAUUCAAUAGUUGCCGUGGUUUACCUUAACAAUGUUUAGAGUCGGGUUAGACCCAUUCGUGAUAAUCAUAAAAAAACUUUAAAGACAAUCUUUGUAUGAAUGUGUUCACGGCACAAUGGUUAGUGAGUCACUGUGCCUUUCACCUUUGCAAGCAAAAUCAGAUUCCUUCAAUAUUCAGUUGUUUGAUUAUAAUUUCCCUUCCGAUAGGCUAGUAUAGAUGUUCAGAUUUGACUUACGUUACCGUUAAGCGAUCAUUAACCAAUCAGAAGCGUUUGAUAUAUCUGGUUAACCAAUCAGAUGCGUUUGAUAUAUCCAAUGAACCAAUCAGAUGCGUUUGAUAUGUCCAAUGAACCAAUCAGAUGCGUUUGAUAUAUCUGAUUGGUUAAUCAGAUACGUACUAAGCGAGUGAGAGGUCGUAGUACGAAUAGAUAGAAUAGAAAAACUUUAUUUCCCCACGCUAACCCUGUCAAGCGAAGUUGAUUUCCACACAGGGCGUGCAAGAAAAGGAAGACAAAAUAUGAUAUCGACUAAGUCUAAGUAAAAUAAUUUAGAAGUACUAUUUACAACAUGAGCGGCCGUGUUGUAUCGGAUUAAAAAACGACUCAUCAUAUGAGUUCAUUGGCGAAGUAAUUUUAAAAAUAAACGUUGUCUAAGCCGAGAAAAUCAAAGUUAAAGUUUAUGUAAAUCAACAUGAAUCUGUAUCACAUAUACAGAUACGACACGCUUAUGAUUUUUCUUUGUGUUUUCUUCAUGAAUUAUUAAUGCGUUUUGUAAUUAUUUUUAGAAAGCUCACAAGUAGAGAAACAACAACAAGAAAACUGAAGGAAAGGAGGCCUUUUGCCCUCCUGAAUUCAAAGCAAGAAUCUAUGGAGAUGUAAACAACCCCAAGACGCAGAUCAGUUUUCAAUCAGAGGGUUAACUGUGAUCAACAAGCAUAAUAUGAAACUAGUUUUUCGUAUCUCUGAGGAUGGUUCUCAAAUAAAAAAAAUGUCGUGUCGUUUUUUGUCGAGCCUUGUAGAUAAAAUGUGUUGUAAUUGAAGUAAAUGUUUAGUUUAAGGGACCCUGUGAAUGGGGCAAUAAGCCCUGUAGGGAUCAGCAGUCAUUUAUAACAAAGCUAGUAAAUAAAUAAAUAAAUAAAUAAUGGCUUUAUUAUAACUAUGUACAUGCUAAAAAUAUUACAGUAUGAUAUUUGUAUAAUUAAGAAGUUCUCUCUGCUAGGU